AUGGCUUCCCACCUGGACUCCAUACCCGGUGCCUACCGCAAGGAGGGCGGCCCCGGGUACGGUUCCGUGGGCGCCGGCGGCGUUGUGAAGCUGGACGACGGCGAUUACUAUGUCGAGGCGAACGAAAAGCUCCAGGAGGUCGACCAUCAGGUAAGCGCCGCGGAGAGGCUGCGGGAGCAGGACGAGAGCGAGGUGGCGGCCUUCCAGCAUGACCGACAUGUUCGGCCCACUCGUGCAUUCAGCCCACCGAGUACUACUUUGCCGUAG